CUCCAGACAGGCCAAACAGACCUGCUCCUACACACACGGCUUGUGACGUUGGCUUGGUGGGGUCAUCCGUGACGGCUUACCACUGGGAGGCCGUCACCCGCAGUCACGGCGUCGACAGAGAGACAGACAGAGAGAGUGCGCAUCCUCUCGCCAUCAAUCAACGCUUCAGUCCCUCUCCAUAACCUGCAACCCUUCUCCCUCGACCGCCCGCGACCAGUAGCCAGCUCCCUCUGCUGCACUUUUCUCAUCUGCCACCCGAUCUACCUACCUACAUCAGUCAUACACCCUCGCCCGGGGUAGGUACCUGAGGAGAGAGAGCCCGAUUUGCAUCGCUCUACCUACCCAGGUAUUUCUGCCCUUUUUCCCAACGCCAUCUCGGCCUCAGUCGGUGCGACCGGCCUUGCCUUCUUCUAUAUAUUCUCCCUCCUGUCGUUUCCACUCCUCGUCCCGACCUCUCCCCCCUCGCCAGUCUUCCACCCGCUACGACCCGGGCAACCCCGACCCCAGGACGACUGCUGCAUCCAUCCCGAGUCUUGGGUGACCUGCCGCAAUCGACAACCCUGCAUCCACGGCGCGACGAAGCACCCCUCCCUGCUCGUACAACCCGCCGCAGAUUCUUCAUGAUGUUUGACAUCAUCCCGAAGCUUCUCUCAUCCGUAGCUUCCUUCCUUUUCCCCCUAUUCGCCUCGUAUAAGGCGCUCAAGACAUCCGACCCGACCCAGCUGACGCCAUGGCUCAUGUACUGGUCCGUGCUCUCGUGCGCCCUGCUCGCUGAGUCCUGGGUGGAAUUCGUCCUCGUCUGGAUCCCCUUCUACUCCUACAUGCGUCUGGUCUUCCUGCUCUACCUCGUCCUGCCCCAGACCCAGGGCGCCCGCGUGCUCUACGAGACCUACCUAUACCCGUACCUCUCCGAGAACGAGUCCGCCAUCGAGGAGUUCAUCGCCAACGCCCACGACCGCCUCCGCACCGCCGGCAUCACCUACCUCAAGCGCGCCAUCGAGCUGCUCCGCACCCAGGUCUUCGGCCUCGCCCCCAACCAGGAGCUGAGAGCGGAGGAGCCCAAGGCCGCCGCCGCGCCCCAGGGCUACACCCAGGCGCUCCUGGCUCGAUUCAGCGUUCCGGUGGCGCGCUGGGCCGCCGGCAGUGCCGGCCCGGCGGGCCAGGACUUCUUCAGCAUGCUGGCCAACGCGGUCGGGGGCGCGGGAGGCGCGGCCCCCUCCUCCUCUUCCUCCUCCUCGCCGCUCGACAUCUGGGGGGCCGCCACGUCGACGUCGACGCUCAUCCCAGAGCACAUCGGCGGCGCCGAGGCCAAGAUGAGCUUCAUCGCGAAGCAGCGGGAGCAGCUGGCGCUGAUGAUGGGCGCGCUGGAUAAGGAGGCGCAGCAGCUGCAGCGCCGUGAGGCGGCCGGCCCCGAGGCGGCCGGCGCGAGCCUGUCGCGGCCCCCGAGCGGCCACAGCGUCUGGAGCGGCCUGAGCAAGAGCCGCAGCGAGGUCGACUUCGAGAAGAUCGACGCCGAGAGCGGCACCGAAGAGAACGACGGCGAGCUGCGCCGUCGAGCCCACGCCGCCGCCCCCGACGGCUUCGACGAGCACGCCGGCGGCGCCCGCGGUUGGGGGUUCCUCGGCUGGGGCACCGUCGGGGCCGGCCAGACUCAGGGACAGGCCCAGGGACCGGACGACAGCGCGCGCAGCUCCGGCGUGCAGCAGUAGCCGCUCUCCGCCCCGCGGAUCUUGGUUGCGGUCACACAAGUAUACUGGUUUUGCGUGCAUAGAGUUCCCUGACGGGCAACUCGGCAUCGUCCCGAGGGACAGGAUAGACAUUGACAUUACGGAGGGCAAAAGGGCAGCAGGCAGAGUGCGGAGGCAGGUAGUAGGAAAGAGGGGAUGAUAGACCGAGACCGGAGACCGCUCACUCGCUCGCACACCCGAGUCGCGUGCGGCGCACCCUCGUACCUCGACCAACAAGUAGUUCUGUGUGUACCGUCUAAAAAAAGAACCAAAGAAAAAAUAUGCCUUGGCGCAUACUCUACGACUAUCGGUCUCUAGUCUGCUAGUCUUCGUGCG